AUGUCUACAUCAAACAAUACAACUAACGUUAUAACUCAAGAUUGUUCUGGAUGUGGAAAAAGUAAACCAGCUUCGGAAUUCACAAGACAACGAGGAAAUAAAAAAAUAAUAGGAUCUACUUGCAACAAAUCCAACCAAUUUUUCUUUCCACGAUUUCUUGCUACAUUGCGUCAUCAUGAUUACCCAUUUAUUACUUUUGGUGAAAUGGGUAUUCCGAGAAUUAAUGCAAAUAAUAAUCCAUGGAACAAUGUUCUGCAUAAUAAAGUUUUAGAAACCAUGCCAGUCUCGGAGUCGUCAAGUAUUCAAAACACAAGUGCUCUCGUUACCAAUCGCUAUGAAAUUAUUGAAAAUAGAAAAGAUGAGUUAAGUUCUGAUCUUAAAAUGUUCGAGACAUUAGUGAAGAUUAUCAACAAUAAUAUCGAAAAUGACAAACUUUAUGAGGCAUAUAAGGUUCUUAGGCAGCCUCUCGUUAAUGAGACGAUUGCAUGUAAUGAAGCUCUUAAUGCGAAAAAACAGCAGAAAACUUGGAAAUCACGAAAAACCUACAACUUGGCUUUUUGGCUUCAAUAA